AGUUUAUCCAAGGAGUUAAAAAUACUGAAGCAGCUGCUGGAGCCGGGAACUGGGAGGGGUCGUCCCAGUAGCCGCCGGGGUUUGUUUGCCUGUUCGCGCUGCGCUUUCGUAAAGGAGCUUCCCGUCGCCUCCUGUCCCCGGCAGCCACCCAGAGGACCGCCCGGAUCGCGAGGAGGAGCUCUGCUUAGUAGUGACAAUGCGUGAAUACAAUGAAAAUAAGGAGACAUGUGGAACCAUCUGCCUCAAAUAUCUGCUGUUCAUCUUCAACUUCUUUUUCUGGCUAGCAGGUGGUGCAGUGAUGGCAGUAGGCAUCUGGACCCUAAUAGAAAAGAGUGACUACAUUAGCCUUCUGCAGUCCAAUACAUACAUGGCAACAGCCUACAUUUUGGUGGUGGCAGGAGUUGUUGUCAUGAUCACUGGCAUCCUGGGCUGCUGUGCCACAUUCAGAGAGCAGCGGAACCUGCUGAGAGUGUAUUUUAUAUUGUUGCUGUGCAUCUUCCUUCUUGAAAUAAUUGCUGGAAUCCUGGCCUAUAUCUACUACCAGCAGCUGAGUAUGGAGUUGAAACAAAACCUGAAGGAUACAAUGACCCAGAAGUACCGAAAGCAGGGAGAAGAAAGUGUGACAAAUGCAGUGGAUAAACUGCAGCAAGAGUUUAAGUGCUGUGGCAGCCAUAAUGCUUCGGAUUGGAGUGACAGUGACUGGAUCAAAUCCCCUGAUGCUUCGAUGCGGAAGUUCCCUGACAGUUGCUGCAAGACCCCAACAGAUUUGUGUGGACGAAGGGAUCAUCCUUCAAAUAUCUACAAAGAGGGCGGCUGCAUCACUAAACUGGAAAACUUCAUCCAGGAACAUCUGAAAAUUAUUGGAGCAGUAGGAAUUGGCAUUGCUUGUGUACAGAUAUUUGGGAUGAUCUUCACUUGCUGCUUGUACAGAAGCUUGAAAUCAGAACCUUACUAGGAACCAUCUACCUGCUCAACUCCCACCACCCUCCAGCUCACCACUUACCCUCUGCCUAGCAGCAUAAAAACAUCAACUUGGCAAGGAUUUCUGCUGCUUAAUGAAAUUAUUCUUGGUGCCUCUGGUAGUUCUCUGUGAUGCAGCUGAGAAAACCCAGGAAUAUCUCAGUCCCUUUUUGUGGUCCAAAGUAAUGUAGUUGCAGAUUUUUCUUCUGCAAAAAAUCUCAACUUGUUAACAACCAGGUCUGCUAUGCAAUCUGAAAGAGAGUUCAUCAAAGCUGUUGGGGGCCCAGUGCUCCAAUAGUUUCCUCUCAGCUCUUUUAAUCACCAAGAUGGUUCUCUCUGAGGGGAUAACAACUAGCCACAACAAUGCAUGAUGUGUGUGCAGAUCAGGAGCUAAAUUCCCUCCUCCUGUACCCCAGAAGAAUGGGCUCUCUGGACAUGCAGAGGUUCUGACGGCAGCUGUAUCUCAUCCAAGAGGAUCACUGUCUGGGUACUCUCUCCUCUUGUUUGCCUUAUGGAUGGACUAGGUUACCAAUAUUAAUCUGCUGCUUCUUCCCUAGCGCCUCUCUCCCUAGGCAGGAGGCCCUUCUGAAGAAGAGAGAAGCCUUGUGCCUUUAAAACCAGGUGUUGGAGGACAUUAUGUUUCCUAAUUUGAAGCCAUGGGCUCUUUUCAGGGCUUUCAGUUAAAAUGGGUUCCAGUAGCCAGAAUGCUGUCAAAAUAACUUCAUCUCUGGAAAGGAGCAGGCCCCUUUCAUAUGAAUUAGCUUCUGUCUCUGAAUUACCCUUCAUUUCGUGGGAGAGGAAAUGCAUUACUAGUUUUGUAUCAAUCCUCACAGUUUCCUUAACCAUUGGACACUGUCCAGCUGGAUGAAAUCCAGAGCCCAUCACUUGCAUGCUCUCAUUGAUUUCCAAGUAUGCUCAAUAAAAAAGUUGGAUUAAGAAAAUUGGCAGGGAGGCAGUAAGUGAAUUGAAGAGCCUGGUAUCUCUUUGUAUCUGCAGCUACUCCAUCGUCUUAGAGAAUGGUGGUUGUCCUAGCUGUGUUUUCCAGUUCUGGCUUUGCUAGCCUGCCCAACAUUUAUAGAGGGGUUCAUCAAAAGUUUGUAACGGGCCACAUCCCCUUCUAAGGUUUCUUUAGCUUCUCUGUUUAUGGCCUAAGCCUGAGUAUGCCUUUCUCAUUUCACACGUUAGUCUAUAGUAGUGUGUCUCCUGUGAUGGAUUUCAAUCAUGGUCAUCUUCAGUUUACACUUUCCCUCAUUACUCUUUCAUAUAUCUAAUGUGUCAGUGCAGCAUCUGCCCUAUAGUCAUGGCAGAAUAAAGGGCAAGGGCUAUAUCUCACUGGUAGACCACAUGCCCUUCAUGCAUUAGGUCCUAAGUUCAAUCUCCAGUUAAAAGAAUCAAGUGAUAAGAAAGAUCUUUGCCUAAGACACUGAAGAGUUAGUUCCAGGCAGCACAGACAGUACCAAGUUAGAUGGACCAAUGGUUUGAUUCUGUAUAAAUCAGUUUCACACAUCCAGUUUCUGUACUGGCACAUAGCUUCUGAUAAAGCUUUUGCAGUGCAUUUGCCUAGACUUAAAAUGUUUUUUUGCUGUCUUCCUUUCGCAGUUCUGGUGCCACAAGAGAUCAUACUGCUUAAGGCAUUUGGUUUUGUCUCUGAUGGCUACCCCCAUACAAUUCCCACCAUAACUUCAAAGAUGGUCAUGUAUUCCCGAAUAACAAAUUCCCAAAUAACUUUCAAAGUGGUUAAUAUUGAGGUUUCCCAGCUAAAGUAGAGAUUGAAGAACAUGUGUCUUGUUUGUUUAAAAAAUCCUUCUUGAAUUAUAGCCAUAUCCAGCCAUUUGCGGAUUCUGAAAAAAAUUAACAAUCCUCACUUUCCUAAAAUUUCCACCUAGCUAGUUCCUGAGAGAUGGCAGGAUGAAACGUCUCCUUGGCUUCAGCCAGGAAGUUCCAGGGUGCUGCUAUUUCCAGACAGCAGCUGAAGAGGUUGAAGUGUGUGUGUGGGGGACGGGGACGGGUGGUGCCUGUACCAUCAAUAUGUGAAAAUGUUCAUGCAGCAGAAAGAUUUUGCACUGUUCUAAGUACACGUGGAAAAAUAUCUAAACUACGACAAGGACAAGUUACUAAGCUCUUGUGUCAUAUAGUUAACUUUAUUCCCUGGAAAACUAUUAACCAAAAAGAAAUUAUUGAUCACAGUUGCUUGAAAUACUACUUCAGUCUACCAAAGUAUACAUAUGUAUGGUUUGCUUUCUCUUCCUGGAAGCAGUAUUGUGCCAUGGUAAGAGAGACGCAGGUAUGCUAGUCAGCAAUUUCUGUCUGCUCUUCAGUUUUCCUCAAAUAACAGUGUUUUAAUCUCAAUUUAUGUUGCUGGCUAAUAAAGCUAAUGUGUGUCUA